UCCGGCCCUCGGCCGGUCCGGGCAGCCAUUUUGGGCAGAGCUUUGUUAUGAUUCGGUCUGAGGAACUGAAGCUACGGAGAGAGUGAGGGGGCGAGUUGGGGCCUGGUUCUGUAAGCACGGCCUUGCGUGGAAAAAAAAAAAGAGAGAGAGAGAGAGAAGAGGAGCUGGACUUUAAGGAGGGAGUUGAGUGGCUGCCAGCGUCGGGGGAAGAAACUGAGAGUACUUCGUGAAUUCUACUCAUUUUGAUGGAAGAAGACCAUUGCCCAAAUGGGAACUCUUGAUUAAAAUACAGCCAUUUUUUUCUCUAUUUUUAAAAGCAGCAAUUCAAAUACGGUAGAAGGAUAGCUUGCCAGUUUGGUCCUUUGCUUUUAGGUUAACUGAAUGCAUAACUAGAAACGGUAGGAAGACAGUAAUAAUUGAAUCUUGUAUCUUUAAGUUGCUUUUAGUUCCUUACCAAGGAAACUUAAGUGACUAUGUGAAAAGCCUUUCAAAAUAGUGUUUUUAAGAAAACUUAAUUUUAGCAACCAUUAAAAAUGAAUCCUGCAUUUUAGCAAAUAAUAAGAACAAAGAGUUACUAUACGAGAAUUUGCAAGACUCCUCAGCAUCUUCUCCCCGUCCCUUUGUUUCAAGUUUAUUUGUUGCAGAAGAUGAACAAAGUGGAUUUGUGAAAUUCACCGUUAAUUACCAUGCUUUUCUGAAUGCUGUACAAAUUUGACAACUACUUUUGUAAUGUAAUAGCUGAAUUACACAGCAUUGUGACAACAGGGAACAGUUUAAUGAGGUGAAUGUAGUUGUAGUUUUCCAAAAAUGCACACUGCAUUUUAGGUUUUUUUUUUCUCAUAUGAGUUCAGAGAGCAUUUAAGAUGAGCAGCUAGAGGGUUAAGGGGUGCAGUCAGCACGAAGUGCGGCUUCUCGUGCUUCCUUUGGGACUCACCAUUGCCACACAGCUGGCAUAGGUGCACCCUGGCGAAGGAAGGAAUCUGGAAAUCAAAGUAUUCAAGUGAGAGUGGACUGCAAAGGCCAAUCUGGCUCCUGGCCAUGAGGUUUGAUGCCUCACUUCAUUGAAGAGAGACACUGGACCUAAAUGGCGCAGCAUGACUUUGUUCCUGCCUGGCUUAACUUCUCUACGCCACAGUCUGCCAAGGCUCCUGGAGCUACUUUUGAAAAGCAUGGAGAACAUCUUCCUCGAGGAGAAGGCCGGUUUGGUGUAAGCCGAAGACGGCACAACUCUUCUGAUGGUUUCUUUAAUAAUGGCCCCCUCAGAACUGCUGGAGACUGUUGGCAUCAGCCUUCCCUGCACCGCCAUGAUUCUGUGGAUUCUGGUGUUUCUAAAGGAACUCAUGUUGGGCUAGCUGGCAGUCAACCAGGUUGGCAUGGUUCUUCACGUGGCCAUGAUGGCAUGAGUCAGAGAGGUGGAGGAACUGGAUCUCAUCGCCAUUGGAAUGGCAAUUUCCACUCCCGAAAGAAUUCAGCUUUUCAGGAAAAGCCAACUGCUGAAGCUAGGGAGGAGAAGGAAGAAAAGGAGAAAUUACAGUUUGAGGAGGAAGAUUUUCCAUCAUUGAAUCCAGAAGCUGGAAAACAGCACAGCCAGGGUAAACCAGCUGGAACUCCAUCUGGUGUUUGGGAAAAUCCUCCUAGUGCCAAGCAACCUACCAAGAUGCUGGUCAUCAAAAAGGUUUCAAAAGAGGAUCCUGCUGCUGCCUUCUCAGCUGCAUUCACAUCACCAGGACCUCAGCUUUCAAAUGGCAACAAGGCAACCCCCAUUGUCCCAAGUGUCUACAAAAAUCUGGUUCCUAAGCCUGCAGCACCCCCAUCAAAGCCAAAUCAAUGGAAAGCUAACAGAAGUGAACAUAAACCAAGCUCACUAACCUCCAGCCGUGAUUCAGCUUUUACCAGUCCUGUGUCUGUAACCAAACCAGCUGUGUUAACCAGUGGCUCUGUCCUCACCUCUUCCAAAGAGAGUCCCUCCAGUACCACCCCUCCUAUUGAAAUAAACUCCUCUCGCUUGACAAAGCUGAUGCGCCGCACCACAGAUAAGAAGAGCGAGUUCUUAAAAGCUCUGAAGGAUGACAGGAACGGAGAAUUGCCAGAGCGCCAUGAGAACAGCAAACUGGAGGAUGUGAAUGGUGGCAGUACAGCAGAACCAAAGGAAAACUGGGAGGAGAACUGCCAUCAGAAUGGGCUUUCUUUGCCUUUGGAAGAGAAUCUUUCUCAUUCUUUAGAAGCAGAACACAGAUUACUGAAAGCAAUGGGAUGGCAGGAAUAUCCUGAGAAUGAUGAGAAUUGCCUUCCCCUCACAGAGGAUGAGCUCAAAGAGUUCCAAAUAAAGUCAGAGCAGCUAAGAAGAAAUGGUUUUCGGAAGAGUGAAUUUCUUCGAGGCCAAGGCAGCAGUCAACUAUUCUCCCACUGGAGAAGCACUUUUAAGACAGAGUUUGAAGAGUCAGACACAGAAACAAGUAGCAGUGAAACUUCUGACGAUGAUGCCUGAAGUUGGGCACCAAAAAUCCAUUAUAUAAAAACAACCCAGCAAACUCAGUUUGUAGUUCAGCACAUAAAUGUUUGGGGUUCGAAUGAAGCAGAGUUUAUUCUAUCUCAAGCCUGUUCAGUUUUUUAUUGUUGAAAACUUCAUGCACAAGGGAAAGAAUUAUAUCCCAAAGAAGAAAGCUAUUGGCUUACUACUUUUUGAUUUUGCCCUUCUGUGCUUCAUUAGAGAACAAUCCAUUCCGCCUUCUGGAGCAAGGCAUGGGUUCAGUCUCAUCAGGAGCAGGAUGCAAAAGACUUAAGUUGGGCAACCACAAGCUUCUCAUACUGCCGUCCACAUUGCAAAAUGUUGUGCGGCAAUAAUGUGCUAAAACAAUCAUUGUCAAUGACAAAAUGGCUACGGAAGUUCUAAUUGUGUUAAAUUAAUGCUAAUAACAUGGAACUUUUUUUAUUUUUUGGCGGCUCGGGGAGCUUCAUCACUUAACCAGGCGUGUUUGGUUUUUCUUUUGGGGGGGGUACAGCUGUAAAAUAUUUGGAUAUAGGAAUUGUUUGUGUUCUUGCAACCUUGAUAUUCAGGGUGGAUUGUUAAAAUAUAAAAUUUUUGUGGGAUUUCAAAGAUUAAGAUUAUUUUGAUAACAUUAUUUACAGAUUUAAAAAAGUGACUAUCACAUUGAGUCUGUAUGAGGGGAAAACUACUGCAUCAAAAGAUAACUAACUUGGAAUAAAUAUUUUGCAUCAGUUUGCCAA